AUGCUCAGUGGCAGAGCGCAUGAAGUCUUUGGGUCAGUGCUUCUAUUGGUGUUGGAAGUGGAAAAGCCUCCUUCUUCAAGCGCAGAACAUGCUGAGUUGAAUACUAAUAUGGACAGCCUCAAUACGAUUCAGAUAUCAGACAGGAAAGAUGUCUGGGAAUGGCAAGGUAAAAAUUCACUCGGAUUCUGUGUUAAAGCUAUAAAAACAAUUCUGCAAAACUUUGUUGAUUCCAGCUCUGUUUAUGUGAUGACAUGGUGUCAAUGGCUCCUGAAAAAAUUGAAUAUUUUCGCUUGGAGGGCGGAAAUAGGCAGAAUUCCGACGAUUGAGGCGUUAAAAAGUCAAAAUAUUAUGGUUAAUGCAACUGGUUGCGUCUUUUGCGGUGAUGCGAUCGAGGAUACGGACCAUAUCUUCACCGGGUGUAUAGUUGCUGUUCAGAUUUGGCAAUGGCUGAGCAAUUGGUGUCACACUCCUAAUGUCUAUGCUUUCAAUGUUAAAGACCUAUGGGAGUACCACAAUUACAUUGGACAAGGCGAGACAAAAAAGAAUGCGGUUCAUGGGCUCAUUAUUAUUGGUUGUUGGUUCAUUUGGAAGGCUAGAUGUGAGAAGACGUUUGCGAACAAAGAUUGGAAGAUUAUAGACAUAAAGAACAAUAUUAAAGCUUUAGGAUUUCUUUGGUUUAAGAAUAGAUCAAAACUUAAGACCGUUUUGUGGUCGAAUUGGUGUAAUUUUAACUUUUUGUAG